AUGUCUUACAAACGAAAACAAGAUUCUCAAGUUCCAGCAGAGGAGAGUGAUCAGUUGGUUAUUCGACCUUUGGGUGCAGGUCAAGAAGUUGGAAGAUCUUGUAUAAUGAUAGAAUUCAAAGGAAAGAAAAUUAUGCUUGAUUGUGGAAUACAUCCAGGAUUAUCAGGAAUGGAUGCAUUGCCAUUUGUAGAUCUGAUUGAAGCUGAUGAAAUUGAUUUACUCCUAAUCUCUCAUUUUCACUUAGACCAUUGUGGGGCAUUACCAUGGUUCUUGCAAAAAACUAGUUUCAAAGGGCGAUGCUUCAUGACUCAUGCUACAAAAGCUAUUUACAGAUGGUUACUGUCAGAUUACAUCAAAGUUAGUAAUAUUGCUACAGAACAAAUGCUUUAUACUGAAGCUGACUUAGAAGCCAGCAUGGAUAAAAUAGAAACCAUUAAUUUUCAUGAAGAAAAAGAUGUCUUGGGAAUCAAAUUCUGGGCUUACAAUGCUGGUCAUGUAUUGGGUGCUGCUAUGUUCAUGUUAGAAAUUGCAGGUGUUAAGAUCUUAUAUACAGGAGAUUUUUCUCGUCAAGAAGAUAGACAUUUGAUGGCAGCUGAAAUACCCACUGUACGCCCAGAUGUUCUAAUUACGGAGUCUACUUAUGGUACACAUAUCCAUGAAAAACGUGAAGAUCGUGAAAGUAGGUUCACCAGUCUAGUCCAUGACAUCGUUAACAGAGGUGGCAGAUGUUUAAUCCCAGUAUUUGCCCUUGGAAGGGCACAAGAACUCCUAUUGAUAUUAGAUGAGUACUGGAGUCAACACCCUGAAAUUCAUGACAUUCCAAUUUAUUAUGCUUCAUCACUUGCAAAGAAGUGUAUGGCAGUGUAUCAGACCUAUAUCAAUGCAAUGAAUGAUAAAAUUAAGAGGCAGAUAGCGAUCAACAAUCCAUUUGUCUUCAAACAUAUUUCUAAUCUGAAGGGAAUAGACCAUUUUGAAGACAUUGGACCAUGCGUUAUAAUGGCCUCUCCUGGUAUGAUGCAAAGUGGCUUAUCUCGUGAACUGUUUGAAAAUUGGUGUACAGAUCCUAAAAACGGUGUUAUUAUUGCAGGUUAUUGUGUGGAAGGUACUUUAGCUAAAACAAUAUUAUCAGAACCAGAAGAAAUAACAACAAUGGUGGGGCAAAAAUUACCCCUCAAAAUGUCGGUGGAUUACAUAUCUUUCUCGGCCCAUACUGACUAUCAACAAACUAGUGAAUUCAUCAGAAUGCUCAAGCCACCACAUGUCGUCCUUGUUCAUGGAGAACAAAAUGAGAUGAGUCGUCUGAAAGCAGCCCUUCAACGGGAAUAUGAGGAUGACCCGAAUACGGUUAUCAACUUGUACAAUCCGAGAAACACUCAUUCGGUGGAACUGUAUUUUAGGGGCGAAAAAACUGCCAAAGUAAUGGGACAGUUGGCUGUCGAUGAACCAAACCCUGGAAAAAUACUGAAUGGAAUUCUUGUCAAAAGGAAUUUCAAUUAUCAUGUGCUGUCUGCUGAUGACCUGUCCAAAUAUACAGAGCUGAGUAUGAGUCAAAUAAUGCAAAGACAGAGUUUACAUUAUUCUGGCAACAGUGGCGUUCUCAGGUAUCUGAUUUCCCAAGUGGCUGGUUUACUUGAAUCUAUCGAAGGUGAUAAGAAGAUGAGAGCGUUCAACGCCGUCGAUAUUACAAUAGAUCACAAAAUUAUAACUCUAGAGUGGGUCGCCAAUCCUGUUAAUGAUAUGUAUGCCGAUGCUAUCGUGGCAGCAAUAUUGCAAGCUGAUUUGGUAGAUUCGCCUGUCAGCAGUAUGUCGUCAUCUGUAAAAGUUGACAGGAUGCACUUCAAGGAAUGCCUAAUUGAAAUGCUGCAAGAUAUGUUUGGUGAAGACUCAGUGCCAAAGAUAUUCAAAGGAGAAAAAUUAUAUGUGACAGUCAAUGAUAAAAGAGCAGAUAUUGAUCUAUCGAAUUUGGAUGUCAAGUGUCCCAGCGAUGAAACGUUCCAACAAAUUGUACAAACAGCUGUAACAAAGCUGUAUCAGUCCUUGGCACCACCUCAAGUGGAUGGGUGA